CGGCGCGGGACGCCAACAACACCAAAGAUUAGAUUGAACAACUUCUAUCCUCAUACCCGGAACGAUACCCUGCCUCAAUUGACACUCCAUCCAUUAUAUGGUUACCCUUGAAAAUGCUCCUGGACGAAGAACCCGCCGCACUCAUCGCGGCCUGCCGCCAAAGUUUCAAAAUUGAUUCUGAUCGGAGCGCGAUAUCACGCAUUGGCUCUGCUCUCAGUGAUCUCAAUACCUUCCGCAGCUCGAUCAUAUCGCAGCACUCGUCGCAACUGCAAAAGCUCGUUCGACAACAGCAGACCCUCAAUUCGCAACACUCGCUCACCGUGUCGUCACAUAACCCGACAUCCCAUGCCUCAAAUAUAUUGCGGCUCGAUACCGAAAAGUUUAGAGUCGCAAAACAAGCAAGUGAUCUGGAAAUCGAAGAAGAAAGAAUGGGCGCCGAGCUGGACAGCUUAAAGAGCACGCUGCAGGAAGUUGAGGAACAGGGCCCGGAAGGCGGCGAGGCACUUGAGAGAGAGCUCGCACAUCCAGAGGAGAAUGAGACAGUACUCAAACUACGGAUUUACCGCGACCUCGGCAUGGGCGUCGAGGUUGACCCUGCAACCGGUGAUCACAACAGAGUCAUUUUCCAAAAGAGUGGGGAUGUGCACUAUCUUGGGCGAGACAAGAAGAUGGAUCUUAUGUUUUAUUGCAACAUGUUCUGGGACAAAUUAUGAUGUCCCCUUACCUGGCGUUAUUGAUGGAGUAAUGAUAUCCCACGGUUGUUUGAAUGUCCAAUACUAGUCAUUAUUGGCUGUCUCGAGAUACAUGGAACUGAUUCGAGUUGCGAGGGUGUAUAAAGAAUGACCAAUGCCAAAGAAAUGAUUCCUUCAAGAGGUU